AUGGACAUAAAUCAACUUAACCAAUUGAAACGCAACAGUUCAGAACUUCAGGAACCUUUACAUCAAAGAGUUGUUUCACAAAAAGGACCAGAAACGAUUGAUGACUGGGAAAUGAUAAAAGAAUGUUUUAUGGCUCUCAACGAUAACACAAAUCAUUUAUUUGAUAUGAUGAAUAAGCGAGAGAAAGUUUUUGAUGCUAUUUUAAACCUUUUAGAAGAAAUUUUGAUAGAUAAAAUGUCUUUAGUAGAUGAUUUAUCCAUAUAUAGAGACUAUAUUAUUGAUCUUAUUGAAGAAAUAGAAGCUAAAUUGGGUACCGACACAUGGAGAAAAGUAAGAAAUGCCAUUCGUAAGAAGAGAAAUAACAAUAGAACGGAUUUUGAGGAAAAGGAAUUAGAAUUUAUUUCAGAGCUGGAGAACAAAUUAAAAGAUGUUGAGAUGACUGUUAAUGAGUUCGAAUUAUUGAUGGAAAUUAAUGCAACGGGUAAUACCGAAUUUCAUAAAGGUAAACGACGAGUAUUGAAAGAAGUUAAAAAACAACUCGAAUCGUCUCUUCCCAACAACCUACAAGUUUUUAAAGUGCCACUAAGGAAGCUUCUUUAUGCUCAUGAAAUUUGGAAACUGUCAAAGUAG